UCCUGCCGAGGACCCGCGUUCCGCACUCGGCCGCCUCGGGGAAAGAGCGAGGGAAGAGGCGGGAGGGUCGGGGAGAAGGAGCAUUCGCCUGAGGCUGGAGGAGGCUGACCUGCGUCCCCGCCCAGCCCGCGCCUAUGCGGUACGUGAAGGAUGGCGAAGAGGUCGCGCAGUGAGGAUGAGGAUGAUGACCUUCAGUAUGCUGAUCAUGAUUAUGAAGUACCACAACAAAAAGGAUUGAAAAAACUCUGGAACAGAGUAAAAUGGACGAGAGAUGAGGAUGAUAAGUUGAAGAAAUUGGUGGAACAACAUGGAACAGAUGAUUGGACACUAAUUGCUAGUCAUCUUCAAAACCGUUCUGAUUUUCAGUGCCAACAUCGAUGGCAGAAAGUUUUAAAUCCAGAAUUGAUAAAGGGUCCUUGGACUAAAGAAGAAGAUCAGAGGGUUAUUGAACUGGUUCAGAAAUAUGGACCAAAAAGGUGGUCUUUAAUUGCAAAACAUUUAAAAGGAAGAAUAGGCAAACAGUGUAGAGAAAGAUGGCAUAAUCAUCUGAAUCCUGAGGUAAAGAAGUCUUCCUGGACAGAAGAAGAAGACAGGAUUAUCUACGAAGCGCAUAAGCGGUUGGGAAAUCGUUGGGCAGAAAUUGCCAAACUGCUUCCUGGAAGGACUGAUAAUUCUAUCAAAAAUCAUUGGAAUUCUACUAUGCGAAGAAAAGUGGAACAGGAGGGCUAUUUGCAAGAUGGAAUAAAAUCAGAAAGAUCUUCAUCAAAACUUCAACACAAACCUUGUGCGACUAUGGACCAUUUGCAAACCCAGAAUCAAUUUUACAUACCUGUUCAGAUCCCUGGUUAUCAGUAUGUGUCACCUGAAGGCAAUUGUGUAGAACAUGUUCAGACUACUUCUGCCUUUAUUCAGCAACCCUUUGUUGAUGAAGAUCCUGAUAAGGAAAAGAAAAUAAAGGAACUUGAGAUGCUUCUUAUGUCAGCAGAGAAUGAAGUUAGAAGAAAGAGACUUCCGUCUCAACCUGGAAGCUUUUCUAGCUGGUCUGGUAGUUUCCUCAUGGAUGAUAGCAUGUCUAAUACUCUAAAUAGCCUUGAGGAACAUGCUACUGAGUUUUAUGGUAUGGAUGAAAAUCAAACUGCAUCUGCUCAGCAGAAUUCUCCCACGAAGUUCCUAGCUGUAGAGGCAAAUGCUGUGCUAUCUUCUCUACAGACCAUCCCUGAAUUUGCAGAAACUUUGGAACUUAUUGAAUCCGAUCCUGUAGCAUGGAGUGAUGUUACCAGUUUUGAUCUUUCUGAUGCUGCUGCUUCUCCUGUCAAGUCUACCCCAGUUAAACUAAUGCGAAUUCAACACAAUGAAGGAGCCAUGGAAUGUCAAUUUAAUGUCAGUCUUGUACUUGAAGGGAAAAAAAACAGUUGUAAUGGUGGAGACAAUGAGGCUGUGCCUUUAACAUCCCCAAAUGUGGCAAAAUUUAGCACUCCACCAACUAUACUCAGAAAGAAGAGAAGAAUGCGAAUAGGUCAGUCCCCAAACAGUGAACUUGGUGAUGGCACAUUCAACGAUGGCGGUAAUACAGCACUAAAGCACACACCAGUGAAAACACUACCAUUUUCUCCUUCACAGUUUUUCAAUACAUGUCCUGGUAAUGAACAACUUAAUAUAGAAAACCCUUCAUUUACAUCAACCCCUAUUUGUGGGCAGAAAGUUCUCAUUACAACUCCUCUUCAGAAGGAAACAACUCCCAAAGAUCAAAAGGAAAAUGUAGGGUUUAGAACACCUACUAUUAGAAGAUCUAUAUUGGGUACCACACCAAGAACUCCUACCCCUUUUAAGAAUGCACUUGCUGCUCAGGAGAAAAAAUAUGGACCUCUUAAAAUUGUGUCCCAGCCACUUGCCUUCUUGGAAGAAGAUAUUCGAGAAGUUUUAAAAGAAGAAACUGGAACAGACAUAUUCCUCAAAGAGGAAGAUGAACCUGCUUAUAAAAGUUGCAAACAAGAGCAUACUGCUUCUGUGAAGAAAGUCAGAAAGUCACUAGUCUUAGAUAAUUGGGAAAAAGAAGAACCAGGCACUCAACUGUUGACUGAAGACAUUUCAGAGAUGCAGUCAGAAAAUAUAUUUACAACAUCUUUAUUAAUGAUACCAUUAUUGGAAAUACAUGACAAUAGGUGCAACUUGACUCCUGAAAAACAAGAUAUAAAUUCAACCAACAAAACAUAUACACUUACUAGAAAGAAACCAAACUCUAACACUUCCAAAGGUGUCACAUUGGAAAAGAAUCUUCAGUCAAAUUGUGAAUGGGAAACAGUGGUUUAUGGGAAGACAGAAGACCAGCUUAUCAUGACUGAACAAGCAAGAAGAUAUCUGAGUACUUACACAGCUACCAGCAGCACUUCAAGAGCUCUAAUACUGUAAUUGUUACUAAAACUGAUGAAAUGCCCCAUUCCCUUACUGUAUUCUAUACUAAAUUAGGUUGCAGUGAAAUCUUUCUCAAUUAAUUACUUCUAAAGUUUUAAUAUAGCCUUAAAACAGUUAGCAUCUUUUUUCUAUACUGGGUAGGCAAAAUGCUAAUAAGCUCUUCCGGUAGUGGAAAAGAAAAAAAAGAAAAAAAAAAGCUAAUAAGCCACUUACGUAAGGAGUGGGUAAUUUCAUUGUUUAUUUUUUUUAAAGAGAUGGGAUUUUUAAAAAAUUAUUUUUAAAGAACAAGAUGGGAAAAUAAGAAUGUUCAUGGAUAUUUCAGAAGUAAAUUCUCACAUAUUUUCUUUACAAGAUGUAUGUUGCUAUUCUCUUGAGGAUGCAGUUUUGUUAUAGACAGGUAUAUUAGUACAUAUAAUCUCUGAAAUUAGCCAAGGGAAGCACACAUGAUUUUAUGAAGUAUUUUUGUCCAUGUGCUGAUUAACUUAUGUUACCAUUUUAAAAAGAAACACAGUGAAAAGAAGUCUAAAGGAAGAUAGAAAGUUGCACUACUAAUUUUUGGUAUUUUUCAGAAACAGUAAAAUUAACUACAGUGUUAAGUGUAUUUAUUUGAGCAUAGUACUAAAGACAAGAAGCAUUGAAAAAGUUUUUUCCUUAUUAGUAAAGAGUCAGUAUUUUCUUCAUAAAUCUCAGAAGAGCUGAGAGUUUUGUUGAAUGUAUUGUACAGUAUGUAGGAGCAGGAAUAUUUUGUAAAUUGGACAGAUGUCUGUUUUUAUAAUUUAUUUUCAUUUUUAAAGCUUAAAUGUAGAUAUUUAUACAUAUACAGGGUGUCUAGAAGCCAGUGUUGUUUCCUGUCAUUACAGCUAACAUAGAAAAGAACAAUUUUGACCUUUAAGUAUGAAACAGUAAGUUAUAUCUGCAAAGAAUACAAUAUCUAUACUGUAUGUCACAUCUACCUAAAUAUUGCACUAUGCCCUUUAAAUCAUGUUGGUUAUAAAAUAGUUCUAAAAAUGUACUAAAUAAUAAUUUAAUAUUUUCUUUUUAAAUUAUAUCGGGGGGUCAUAUAAAUUAAUCUGGUGAUUUGUAUAUGUGUUGAAAUUUUUGCAUUUUGUUUAAAAAUAAUAUGGUACCUUGGUCCCUAAAGACAGUCUGCACUUAGAAGUUUAUUAUAUUUACUCAAUGUUUCAGAAGUAGAGAACAUUAUCUUUUAUUUAUAAAAAUAUUUUGUCCUUUUAUAAAUGUUUUGUGUUUCUCUACAGGUUACAACAGUUGCUUCAGUUGCCUGUUUUAGGUGUUUGCACUUAAUUUUAUUUCUUCUUGAAAGAAUGUCUUUAUUUGCUUUUGUGGUAGAGAUUUUAUGUAAUUUUUUUGAAACAUAUAAUGGUGUACUGUCAAUUUAAACACUGACAGGCAAAUAGAAUUGUACACUGUAGUUUGAAUUAUUUAUAAUUGACACACUCUCUCCCUCUCCACUCCUGAUGUAUGCUGCUAUAGAAAAUAGCAGAAUCGGCUUGCUGCUAUGAGAGAUGGAAAGAGCGACCACCACUUGCACUGUGUGAAAAGAUAAAAAGCAAAUGAUGGCAAGUUCUCAAGUUAACUUAGUGGAAUCAACCAUUACCAGGCAAAUUCUUAUCAAUACCAAAAUAUUACUAUGCCUUAAAAACAAAACAAAACAACUUAGGAUUUUCUGAUCUGUUUUUUAUGUUAAUAGAAAUGGAAAUACUAAGUAUUUUAAUGCCUAGCUCUUGAAUAGUAGACCUAAAAGGGUUUUAAGCUAUUUAAAUCCACUUGCUAGUUUUGCAUACUAUAUGUUAGUGAGAAGUAAAGAAUAUGUAUGGUACUAAGAUUAUGCUUUGUUGAUAACAAAUAGAUAAACCAAUUUGAAUCUUCUUAGCAUGUUUGUUAAGUGUGUUGAUUGCUUUCUAAUUAAUGAACUUCUCACAGAAAUUUCACUUUGUAAAACCAAUGAUUGUGACAAAAUCAUACUGGAUCAUUUCAGUUACCUUAAACUGAUAGCAUAUAAUGGCCUUUUGUUUUUUGUGUUUUUUUUUUUUUAAUGUAGCCCUUGGCUGGAUUGGAUAUACAUAGUCUCUAAACCACCAAAGUAUAAUAUCUUAGAAGAGCUAUAUUUUUUAAAGUCUAAUUUUUCUUGAGCAUUAAAUUAUCCCAAAUGGAAAUAUAUUGUGGAUAAGCCUGGGCUUGUUGGACAUAGUACAUUUUUGGAUUGGUAUUGGUUGAAUUCUCCAGUUAACUGCUUUGUUGCUUUUUUGCAAGAUUUUCAAUUGUAAAUAUGUCAGGCAUCUUAAUUCUCCCUUUUUUACGGUUGUGUUCAUUUAAAUUUCUUUCAUUGUUAUAAAAAUGCCAGACAUACAUGUAGCAGCCAUACUUUCCUGGAAACUGACUACACAUAUAUCAUAUAAUAUAUAUACAGCAUUUUGUUGUAAGGCUUUCACAUUAAUACAGCAAUUACCCUGACUAAAUUGAGCUUUUUUUGAUAUAUGAAGAAAUUUUCUAUUGUAAGAGAAUCUUGCAUACAGUGUUGACAUAUAUUAACAUCCAAAUAAAGCAUCUGUGUACAAGCUGA